AGGGGAAAUGAGAUGGGAGGAAGUAAAACAUUUCAGUGUUCCUGAACCUGAGCAGUUUCCAUUCCUCCCAUGGAGCUACGUGCCAUGUUCCACAUACACAAACAAGGCUCCCAGCAAGACUUAUUGCAGCAGGAUUCCAGCCAAAACCAAAAGCACAGAGAACGUAUUUUCAGACCAAGAAUAUCUCUUUUUGGUUUAAAUGAGGAAGAGGUUAGAUCCAGAUACCGUUUUAGCACUGAGGUUAUUCUGGAGCUCUAUGAACAAAUCCAGCAAGAUAUAGAACCAAAUUGUGAGCGUAACCAUGCUGUUCCAGGCAUGGUGAAAUUACUAAGUGCGCUUCAUUACUUUUCAUCUGCAUCGUUUCAGGGUACUGUGUCUGCUCUUUCUGGAAUAUCUCAGCCUAGUUUCAGCAGACAUCUGACACAAGUUUUGAAGGCGAUAAACAAACUCACUCCUCAGUACAUUGUUUUCCCCUCAGACAAAGCAUCUGUACAAGCUAUAAAAGAUGGUUUCUAUAAAAUCUCCUCGUUUCCUGAUGUUUUGGGGGCUAUUGACUGUACCCAUGUUGCGCUGUCACCUCCUACAGAAGAUAUCUAUAGAAACAGCAAAAAUUUCCAUUCCCUAAACGUACAGAUGGUGUGUGCAUCUGACAUGAGGAUUCUUAACCUAGUAGCUGGUUAUCCUGGAUCCACUCAUGAUUCGUAUAUUUUAGAAAAUUCAAGUUUGAAUUCAAUUUUGACAUCUGGAAAUCUACCAAGGGGUUGGCUACUGGGUGAUGAUGCCUAUCCUUUAACUGAACGGCUCUUAACUCCCAUAGCAAAUCCAAAGAAUGCAGCAGAAAAAAAGUAUAAUGAAGCACAUUGUACUGCACACUCAGUCAUUGAACGUACCUUUGGAUCCCUCAAAAGUCGCUUCCGUUGUCUAGAUCGCUCAGGAGGAGUGCUGCAAUAUUCACCAGAAAAGGGGGCACAGAUUAUCCUUGCUUGUUGCAUUUUGCAUAACUUGGCAGUCAGUCGAAAUCUGGAUGUUGACAUUCUUGAAGACCUUGAUGCACCACCUCCUGUUGCAGCAAUUCCAGAGGAGGAGAACACAGAAGUAGGAAAGCAGACCAGAUUGCAAGUACUCAACAGAUAUUUCACAUGAGACACAUUAUCAGGAAUAUCUGUUCUCAAUAAUAUUGGAUGGCUUACACUCUACGUGUCCUAUAAGAGACUUUCAAAGUCAUGUGUAUCUUAAUUAUGUAGAAUUGUAUACCUAAAAUGUAUACGUUUAGUUUGUAGGGAUUGUUAGCAUUGAAUAAUUGCUCUACCAUGUAAGGAAACAAAACACUAUUUUGUAAUGCAAAUGCUUGUUACAAAACAUUUAAUGAUUCUAGGAUAAUCAGAAGUAUGACUUGUUUAAUUAAAACUCCAUUAUCAGACCAGGUUUGUUUACUUUUUCUGUAGUGAUUAAAGGGACAGUAAACACCAAUUUUCAUUUAACUGCAUGUAAUAGACACUACUAUAAAGAAUACUAUGCACAGAUACUGAUAUAAAAAUCCAGUAUAAUACCUUUUAAAAACUUGCUUAGAAGCUCCUAAUUUAGCACUGUUAAUGAGGUUAGGCAGGGACACCCACUGAAAGCAAACCCUCCCCCCUCCCCUUCAUAUGAAAAGACUAAUUAUACAAACUGAAGCUAUCUGAAGUCUGUAUACAUCAGUAUACAUCUAAAACAUUAGGGCUUGGUUAGGAGUCUGAAAAUCAGCACAAUGAUAUUUAAAAAUAAGCAAAAUUAUACACUUUCUUUUUUUGUGUUUGUCUGUGCAUCUGUCUUCCUAGAAUGCAAUAAAUGAAAAAUUAAACUGUAGUUUAUUUUUUACAUUUGCAAUGUGCACAAUUUGUUACAAGCUCUUGUAGAUUCUUAUUUUAAGCAUACCUAAUGUACUUGUCCUCCAGAAUUGUUAGCUAAAUAGUGUAUAGAUUUUUAAACACUUGUUUACUCUAUAGUCAAUAUAGUGUACUCUGAAUGCCAUUUGUAUUGAUGUACAUAUAUGCAUUAAUAUUUGUAGUUUAUGAAAUCUGUAGAUAAUUGGUCUCAUCUACCUUUUGUAUGCCAACAUGUUGGCCCUAUGCAUUUCCUUCCAUCUUGAUUUAUAUUUUGUGUAUUGAUUGAUGUUAUUGAGUCUGACAUUUCACCUUAAACUUAUUGUAUGUUUAUUUCACUGAAUAUAAAGGCUUAUAAAACCAAAA